AUGGCCAACAAUAAGAAAGUUAAAAGAGGCUCUUGCGAACUGCUGACAAAUGCGCAAACCACAAUAAAUGAAUACAAUACUACAUGCCAACAUAUAGCAGCAAAACACAAAACAAGAAGCCAUUGCAACUUUGCUAGUAAUAUUUGCAACAUGAAAAACGACAACAACAGCAACAGUAACAUAAGAAGCAGUAGCAAUAACUGUUUGAGUAACAAAGACAGUGGCUCAGGCAGUGGCACUGGAACUGGCAGCUCUAGUUGUAGCCAAAGUUUAAGUUUAUUUCAUUUUAGUUGUAAUAGUCCAAACAGUAUUAUUACUUUCAUUACAACAACUAUAUGUUGUUGCAUGCGCAACGUACACAACAAUUGGUGUUGGUGGUGGUCUCUGCAACAAUGGCAACAAAAACAGUACAAAAUUAAAACUAAAACUUUAUCCAAUUCCUCCGCUGCUUCAACAACAUCAACAACUACUACAUCUCCCACAACGUCAUCAUCGAACAACAGGAACUUUUGUACAUCUUUAAAAUGGUAUUUCUUCUUAUGGCUUUUCCUUUCUAUAUUGGGCUAA